AUGGGUGUUCUGGACCGGACGAAGAAGGGCGACCAGAACAAAGGCGGUAAGACGGUGGAGAUGGGCGAAACGGGCGCGUGGCAGGCGGGCGGAUUCGGCAUCGACCCUGACGAACUCUCGCAAAUGUCGCAUCCGGGCGACUUCGUGAAAUUGCAGUCCCUAGGAGGAAAGCUAGUUUCAGAUACCCCCUCUCGUCAUGCGAGUCACGCCGCAACAUAUCCCCCUUCAUCCAUCCCCACACUGCACCCACCCGAGCUCCGCUUCCCCUCCAACCUUCCCCUCUCCAAACAUCCCCACUUCUCCCUAACCUCCCCGGGCCGCUUGGCCGCAGGUGGAUCCGCGGAGGGGCAUCAGCGGCACGGAGGAGGACAUUGCUCGAUUCAUGAGCUAGAGGAUUCCCCCCUCUUUUCCCCCAUACCGCACCCCUCUACAAACCUCUCCACCCCUCUCCAACCCCCCGGACUGCCAUGGCAGCUAGGGGGCGUGGCGGAGCGGCUACAGGUGGACCCGCGGCGGGGCAUCAGCGGCACGGACGAGGACAUUGCGCGCCGCCAGCUGCACUUCGGAGCCAACACGUACCCCGAGAAGCCCGGCAAGACCUUCUGGUACUUGGUGUGGGAAGCCAUACAGGACAAGUUGUACUUCGUGUGGGAGGCGAUGCAGGACACAUUAGUGCAGAUCCUGUUUGUGUGUGCCAUAGCGUCCAUCGCCGUGAGCAUCCCUGCAGAGGGUUCCCUGGAGGGGCUGUACGACGGGCUGGGCAUCUUCAUCGCGCUCUUCCUCAUCAUCACCGUUGCUGCGAUAAGCAACUACCGGCAGGCACUGCAGUUCCAGAAGCUCAACCGCGAGAAGCAGAAGAUUCAGAUCGAGGUGACGCGGUCAGGGCGGCGCUGCAAGGUGUGGAUAGACGACCUGGUGGUGGGGGACAUCAUCCACCUCUCCACGGGUGACCAUGUACCAACGGACGGGGUGGUGAUGGAGGGGCAUUCGUUGGCAGUCAACGAGUCGAGCAUCACAGGGGAGUCAGAGAACAUGCACAAGGACGAAGCCAACCCUUUCAUUCUCGCUGGCUGCACCAUCAUGGAUGGAUUCGGCGAGAUGAUGGUGACGGCGGUGGGAAUGAGGACGGAGUGGGGCAAGGUGCUGGCGACCAUCACAGAGGACAGCGACGAGCCCACACCACUGCAGGUGCGGCUGACCAAGGUGGCAGAGCUGCUGGGCAUCAUGGGCAUCGCUGUGGGCGUGCUCAUCUUCCUCAUCCUCAGUAUCAGGUACCUGGUGACGGAUGCUGACUUCAGCAACUUCACUGCCGAUGACGUCAGCGUGCUGCUCAGCUACUUCACCAUCGCGAUCACAGUGCUGGUCAUUGCAGUGCCAGAAGGCCUUCCCCUUGCUGUCACUCUCACUCUGGCCUUUUCAGUGACCAAGAUGAUGGAAGAUAACUCGCUGGUGCGGCAUCUGCAGUCGUGUGAGACCAUGGGGUGUGCUACCACCAUCUGCAGUGACAAGACCGGCACGCUCACUCUCAACGAGAUGACAGUGGUGCAGGCAUGGGUUGCGGGCGACUUUCAUAAGCCCCACACCGUCCGCACUGGCGUCUCCACACCCGUCGCUCAGCUUCUCUACCAGGCCAUUGCAGUCAACACCAGUGGAUCCGUCGAUGAGCCGCCGGAGCAGGGCAUGCCACCUGUCAUCAGCGGCAGCCCCACAGAAAAGGCCAUCCUUGCCUGGGGAGUCUCGUUCGGCAUGCGCUUCCACGAGACCAAGGAGCAGUGCGAGGUGGUGGCGGUGCAGCCCUUCAGCUCCACGCGCAAGCGCAUGGGCGUGCUCAUCCGCACCUCCUCCUCCCCCUCCACCGACUCUCUCACCGCUUCCCCCACCACCGCCACCACCGGCAGCACCAGCAGCACAGGAACCGCGGGAAGCACCACUCCUGGGAGCCUGCGCGUGCACUGGAAGGGCGCAGCAGAGGUGGUGCUGCAGCACUGCGGGCACUACGUGAACUCCCUCGGCAGCAUCGUGCCUCUCACCGAACCCAAGCGCAUGGAGCUAGAGAGAGCUCUUCGAGACAUGGGAAAAGAGGCUCUGCGCACGCUGGGGUUUGCGUUUCGGGACUUUGACAAACGGACAGGGGUGGAGGGGAUGCCGAAGAGAGAGGACGGCAGCGUGGGGGUACCAGAGGACGAUCUAGUUUAUGUGGGGUUUGUUGGGAUUAAGGACCCGUGUAGGGUUGAGGUGCCGGAUUCGGUGCAGCACUGCCAGAACGCGGGGAUUGUGGUGCGCAUGGUGACGGGGGAUAGUGUGGAGACGGCCACGGCGAUUGCCACCGAGUGCGGGAUCCUCACGGCGGGUGGCACUGUCAUGGACGGCGCGCAGUUCCGCGCCAUCCAUGAGAACGACCUCCCCGCAAGUGUUGACCGCCUGCAGGUGCUUGCACGUGCGUCCCCCACGGACAAGCUACAGCUGGUGCGCGCUCUCAAGGAGAUGGGACAUGUGGUGGCCGUGACAGGUGAUGGCACCAACGACGCCCCUGCGCUGCAUGAGGCGGACAUAGGCCUGGCCAUGGGGCAGUGCGGCACAGAAGUGGCAAAGGAAAGCGCGGACAUCAUCAUCCUGGACGACAACUUUGCAUCCAUCGUGCGCACCGUCGUGUGGGGGCGCUCCGUGUUCGCCAACAUUCAGCGCUUCCUGCAGUUCCAGAUCACCGUCAACUGCGUGGCACUGACGCUCAACUUCAUCUCUGCGGUCGUUACAGGGGAUGCGCCUCUCACUGCCGUGCAGAUGCUCUGGGUGGACUUGAUUCAGGACACGCUAGGAGCGCUCGCGCUGGCCACGGAACCGCCCUCCGACAAGCUUCUGGAGCAGCCGCCAGUGGGGCGCAGCCAGGAGCUGGUGUCCGCUGCCAUGUGGCGCAACAUCAUUGGGCAGACGGUGUACCAGCUGUCGCUGCUGUGCGUGCUGUGGUUCAAAGGCAUGGAGCUGCUGCAGCUGCCCGGGCCCCCGGGCGUGCCGCGGGUGAUUGCUAAAGGGGGAGAGGAGAUCUCGGAAGGGGAGAAGCAGCUCGUUACCAUCAUAUUCUCCUCAUUCGUCUUCAUGCAGAUAUUCAACCAGCUGAACUCGCGCAAGCUGGAGGAGUGGAACGUGUUUGAGGGGCUGCUCGUCAACCGCCUCUUCAUCCUCAUCGUCUCCAUUGAGCUCUCCGUGCAGGUGCUGCUGGUGGAGCUGCUGGGCAAGUUCGCGGGCUGUGUGCGCCUGACGCUGCUGCAGUGGGCGCUCUGCUUCGCCCUGGGGGCUGGAUGCGUGCCCUUUGGCAUGCUCUCCAAGCUCAUCCCCCUGCCAGGUAUGCUUCACACUGGCGACUGGGAUGCUGUGGCCGCCAUUGCUGCUGCCCACCCUUGCGUCAUCCCAUCCUUCGGCCUGCACCCAUGGUACGUGCACUGUCGGUCGGCCCAGUGGCUGCAGCAUCUGGAGGAGCGCCUCUCAGCGCAUCCCCACGCGGCCAUGGGCGAGGCAGGCUUGCAUCGUAGCAGGAAGGCCAGCAGCGGUAGCAGCGGCAGCAGGGGGGCAGCGAUGGAGGAGCAGGUGGAGGUGAUGUGCGCGCAGCUGCAGCUGGCUCGCCGCUUGCACCGCCCCAUCGCCCUGCACUGCGUUCAGGCGUACGGGAACAUGCUCACAGCCCUGCAGCAGGUACGGCACUGCAGCAAGAGUGGCACUGCAGCAAGAGUGGCGCUGCAGCAAGAGUGGCGCUGCAGCAAGAGUGGCGCUGCAGCAAGAGUGGCGCUGCAGCAAGAGUGGCGCUGCAGCAAGAGUGGCGCUGCAGCAAGAGUGGCGCUGCAGCAAGAGUGGCACUGCAGCAAGAGUGGCGCUGCAGCAAGAGUGGUGCUGCAGCAAGAGUGGUGCUGCAGCAAGAGUGGCGCUGCAGCACGUCACGGCCCAUUCCCAGCAGGAGUCAUUCUGCAUUCAUUCAACGGCCCUUCAGAAAUGAUUUCAGCGCUCGUCUCUCUCAACACCUUCUUCUCCUUCUCCCGCCUCUCCGCCUCCUCGCCCCCCCACAAGCUCUCACACCUGCUGCACCAGGUGCCUCUGGAUCGCCUCCUACUGGAAACAGACUCACCUGACGGCCUCCCCCCUGCCAGGCGCAAGGGGGGGGAGGGCAGCACUGGGAGGGGCGGGGGAGGAGACGGGAAGGCAAGGAGGGGUGCUACUGUGGAUAGAUUGGAUUAA